CUCCUCUUCCGUUUCCGUCACCGGAAUCCUAAUUCUUCCACCGUCUUCUCAGAGCUUUCAAUGGAGACUCCGUCAUCGAUCAGGCGCGUAACUCGAUCCCAAACGCUCGCUGCUGCAAACUCCGUCAAUGACAGGACGGUUGAGGAUUAUGACAGCAAUGGCUUAUCGAAAUCCCGGGAGCGGAGUCGAAAUUCGCAAGAUUUGGUUGGGGCGAAAGGGCAAGAUCGAUCGGCGCUUAUCGACAUUACUAAUGACUCCCCCAUUGUCAGCUUGGCAGCGGUGAAUUUGACGACACCGAUAUCGUCUGCGACGAAACAGAGGAGUUUUCGGCCGAAGAUGAUGACUCCCGGAUCAGGGGAAGCCUUAUUGAGAGGGCAAGUGAAAACCCUUUUGCAGAAAGUGGAAGAAGAAGCUGAAAUUUCUAAGCUUUCUUUAGAUAGCUGGCCGGCGGGACUUCUCGACCCGAUCCCGACAAACACGCUGCAGAUCUUGAAUACGUCUCGGGAUGGAAAUCUUUUCGAUAUCACAAACGAUAAUCCCAUUGACGUUGAUCUGUUUAACGCAAAGAAACAAGAAGAGAAUCAGAUUACUCGGUCUCUAUUGUUGGAUUUCGCUGAGAAAUCCGAGAUAAUCGAUGAAGAUACGUCAUCAGAUUGCUCAUCUGUUCUCGCCCGUCAAGAGAAGUUGUCGUCGUUAUCGCCGUCGCUGUCUCAAGAUGACGACGUCUCUUCUCUGUGGUCGAUUCAAGCGAAUGCAAGCAGCCACGGCAAAGACGUGGAUGAAGAAGAGUUGAUCGAACACGAGGAUGAGGACGAGGAAGAGGAAGAGGAAGUAGACAAGCUAAAGUGGGGACUUCGUAAAAUUAGUGUGAACGAGAAGGGAAAAGCGGAGAAUUUUGUAGGGAAGCACGUGAGGUUCGUGUAUGAUAGUGAAGAGGAACUGAUCGAGGACGAGGAAGAGGAAGAAGACAACGAAGACGGGUUGGUAGACGAGCUAUGUUGGGGACUUAGUAUAAUUAGUGUGAACGAGAAGGGGAAAGCAAAGAAUUUUACAGGGAAGCACACGAGGUUCGUGUAUGAUAGUGAAGAUGAACUGAUUGAGGAAGUUAGCGACGAGAGCCAUGACGAGGUGUCACCGAGCGUCCUCCAUUUGAAGGGAGUACCGACGCCCAAAGGAAAACAUUUACGAUUCCAAUCCGAGAGCGAAUAGUUAAAAAAAAAAAACGAGAUUCGGUUGAAAUUUGUAAUGUUGUCUUUCUUUGACAACAACAAAUUGUGGAAGAGAUUUCGUGUCUGUUUUUUAAGUGUCGUUUUUCUUUGCGUUUUGCUUUGUUGCUAUGAUAAUUACUCUAUUUUAC